GAAAUAGCGGUUCUUAUGUAGUGCACUAUUUAUCCCGAGGAAAGUUAUUUGGGAUAUGACCGAUGGUUUUCUUGUUAGCUAGAUGAAAUAGAGUUCUUUAAUAUAAAGAUAAAUAAGACACCAGCAUGGCUUUGAUUGUUAAAGAGACACAGAGCAUCAAAGAAGCAGUAAAGUUCAUCAACUCUAUAGAGGUCAAUAAACUGUCCAGACUUCUGUCUCGCAUUCUUCAGAAACUUCAUCUCAAGGGCGAGCGCUCUUUCAGUGAAGAUGAAGAGCAGAAAUUACAGACUGCAUUGGCUUUAGACAAACAAGCUCUUCAUUUGGUGCUGGAGACUUCAUCAUUCUUAUUAGAACAGGCUGUGCAUCACAACAUUAAACCAGCAUCUCUGAAGCAGCAGCUGGAAAACAUCCACAUCGCCCCAGACAAAGCCGAGGCAUUUAGCCAGGCUUGGGCAGCAGCCGGCCCUGACGUGGUAGAGAAGAUUAGACAUGCGAUAUUUGCCCCCAAGAAGCUGGAGCAUAUAGGCUGGCAGCUCAACCUUCAGAUGGGCCAGUCAUCACAGGCUAAGCAGAAAGAGCCACACACCGUGCUGGACCUUGGAAUCAGAGGGGACGAAGAGUCGGAGCAUCUACAGAAGGUUCAUGUGGAAUUCAACCACCAGGAACUGUUGGAGUUCUACAACAAGUUGGAGAUGAUUCAAGCCCAGCUGGAUUCCCUGACUUGAUGCUGAAGGCAGGGUUCAUUUCCUUUGCUGUAACAGUGAUCUGUAUGUUUAUUCAAUUCAUUGAGGAAUUGUGAAAGUGGGGUAAAGCUAAUAAAUGUGUAAUGAUCUACAA